UGCCAGAGUUCCACUGUCAAAACAGAGAGUAGGACGCAACAAUAUGAUGGACCUUUUUGAGACCAACACUUAUCUUUUUGGUGAUUUACGCUACUUAGAGGAAGGAGAUCAUGGACCACUACAGCAUAUGGACAUGGCGGGGGUGUCUCCUCUUUACAAUGGCACCGACAGCCCGUUGUCCCCAGGCCAGGAGAACGUUCCGUCCGAGACAGGCGGGGAAAGCAGCGGAGAGGAGCAUGUGCUCGCGCCUCCGGGGCUCCAGUCCCACUGCGAGGGCCAGUGCCUCAUGUGGGCCUGUAAGAUCUGUAAGAGGAAGUCGGCGCCCACGGAUAGACGCAAGGCCGCGACGCUCCGGGAGAGGAGGCGGCUCAAGAAAAUCAACGAGGCCUUCGAUGCGCUGAAGAGGAAGACCGUGGCCAAUCCCAACCAGAGGCUACCCAAGGUGGAGAUCUUACGCAGUGCCAUUAGCUACAUUGAGAGACUACAGGAUUUGCUGCAGACUCUGGAUGAACAGGAGAAAAUUCAAAACGGAUCUUCCUUUAACACUAAAGAGCACAAUGUGGCCAAUGAUGAGUAUCAGUGGAAGAGAUCCUCUGAGACCUGGCGAACCUCUGCCGAUCAUUCCAAUGCAGCAAUGAACCAGAGAGAAGGAACCAGUGAGUCCUCUGCGUCCUCCAGCCUCUUGCAUCUGUCCUCCAUUGUGGACAGCAUCACAAAUGACGAGAAAAUCAAGCUCCCAGAUGUCUCAGAAAGCUAAAAUUUAAAUACUUAUGAAUUUCUUUUUUUUUCUUAGAUUUUUUUUCUUUUUUCCUACAUUCAACCAUUUGGGCUUUGUAACAUUUUUUUCUUUUUGAAAAGUUCUUAAUGGAAGGACUAGAAGAGCAACAAAAAUCUGUACAUAUUUUAUAUUAACAUUAUAUUAAAAUGUAUUUAUUUUGUUUUUAAAAGCCAAAAACCUCUUGAGGAAAACUGACAUUUCUUUUGAAUAUUUGUACAUAUAGCCGACCAACAAAUAAAGUACUCUGUUACAAUUUUA